CACCGCCGCCAUCGCCGGCUUAGUGCAAUCCACACCAUCGUCCCGUCCACGAUUGCCAUUAUCUGCACUGAACGCGGAGAAUGGGACGGAAAGAUGAAUAUCCGAUAAACCGGCAGAUGUGAGAACACAUUUCGCAUGACGACGCAGUAUGCGUAGGACGGAGAACAGCUGGAUGCAGACGUAGAAAAAAGACAAAGUGACGGAACAAUGGUCGGGAGGAGACAACGUGGCGAAGGAACAGAAGCUUGACAAGACCAGGACUGACAGGCCAAGUGGCCUUUUACAAUUCCUGAUCACCAUCAGGAGAGGUAGGGUAAGGAGUAAAAUUCAGAAGACAUGGCCCUUGAAAUGGUGUUAAGAGUGGGUCAGGGCAUCAUCCAUCAGAGCGGCCUGGUUUCUUCUGCAUCACAUGUCUUGUCAAAUGUACAUAGAGUUUGUGCUGUUGCAAGCAUAAGAUGGUACAAGAAGAUCCAGGCUCCACCAAAGCCUCUGCCCUCCAAACUUCAAGACUGGAGGCGAGAACACCAACAGCCGGUGAACCCGACGGCGCGUGGUGUGCUAACGGACGGCCCGGACUACAGCUACCCAGACGGUCGGCCGGUGCAGGCAGGCACGCACCAGGUGCGCCGCGCCACCCAGCACCGGCAGCUCAUGGAGCGGAUCGUGCAGCUGACUGCAGAGGUGGACCUUGCGGAGCGCCUUCACGCCGAGCGGACCCGCCAGGCACAAGAGCACGAGCAGCACCUGAUGAGGAGGCGACUCAAGGCCAAGGCCACGGAAACGCUCGACGCCAAGUGACGCUGCCGGUUCGCGUAGUGUUCGUCUGGUGUUUGGCUCCCUGGCUUGCCCGCGGUGUGAUGCGAGUGCGUGAUGCGGAUGCGGAUGCGGAGGAGAAUAAAUGUGACUCGGAAGGGA